GAGAAGAGCGAGGUGAGCCCGGCUUGGUGGGCUACAUGCUGACACGUUUUGACCCAGAAACCCAAAAACUCGGCCUUGGGUCAUUUUCAAAAAAGAAGUUCGUACGGGACACUAGUGCCAUUUGCCAUCAUACACCAAGCUAUAACAUCGACGAUUAUAGGCGGAGUUCGGAUUACGACCUUGUUUUCCUCGCUUUUUGCACCGACGCCCAAAAGCUUGCAUCACUCUCUCACACUCCCCCUGUUACUAUUACUGGCGUCAAGACCUCGGCAUGGGCCUUUGCUGAGAUGGACUACAAUGCUCACCUCUUUUGCCGUACGGUGCCGACACUCUUGUCUAAAUCGAGUCCAAGUCAAGGUGAAGCCCUAUUCUCAUACGCCCUAUCAUCAUCUAUGAUGUCUCUGUCCAGGGCCCAACUUCGCGGUGCCGAGAAAAAGAGGGAGAAUUCUUGUGCAAACGAGAGCACCCCUAGACCUUCUCAGCUUCUAUAUGACGAGCGCAAUAGAUGCUCAGGGCCAAGUUCACCGGUGCCGAGCGCACUUGGAAGAGUUUUGAACCUGUUAUUCAUGACAAAUGAUGAUUACGGCUUCUCUUCUAUUGGUGCGUUGCAUAACAUGGACCUUUCAAGGAAUAGACAGAUGCAGAUCUUGUACCACCCCUCCAUAUCGAUUCCCACUAUACCCAUAAACAGGCACUCUAACCUCUAUCUCGUUGUCCUCUAUCACAUAGAACCUCUGUGUACCAUUCAUUCUCCGAAGCGAUGUAUAUCUACCGUACCUCCACGUUCGUCAAGUAGCGCUCUAGGUGGAGAGCUCGACUGGACAGCCUCUCGUGCAAUGCCCAACAAGCACGACGAGAGACGGACACUGCACACCAAACGCACCCAUCAAGUCCACUCUCACCGCAAGAAUGGCUCUCCUCACGCGAACUCUAUUACCCCCACACAACGCGUCUAG